GGUAAAUUAGAAGCAUGGAUGCAACCGUGCGCGCGCAGGAAGAAGGCGACACAAGUCGAAGUCUAUAUAAGCAUAUGCUUCCAUUCAUCUUCUCCACACUCUCUUCUUGCUUGCUUCUGCUGCGCUGUGCACCGAUCGCUCUCAACACCAGCCAACCUAUAGGCAUGGCGUCCUACGGGAGCGCUUCUUGGGUUACGCUUGCGCUGCUCCUCUUCAUCACUCUGGCUGCCACCGCCAAUGGCGACGAGCUCUCCGCGAGUUACUAUGAGAAGACGUGCCCCAACGUGCAGCACGUCGUGCGGUCAGUGAUGGCGAGCAGCGUCGCCGCCCAGCCAAGGAUGGCGCCCGCCGUCCUCCGCCUCUUCUUCCACGACUGCUUCAUCAACGGAUGUGAUGCUUCUGUUCUCCUGGACGCAACUCCCUUCUCCCCCAGCGAGAAGGAUGUGAAGCCGAACGCCUCCCUCACCGGCUAUACCGUCAUCGACGACAUCAAGUCCGCGCUCGAGCACGACUGCCCGGCAACCGUCUCCUGCGCUGAUGUUAUCGCCCUGGCGUCCCGCGACGCCGUCGCCCUGCUCGGAGGUCCCACCUGGAGUGUGCCCCUCAGCCGCAAAGACUCACGCUUCGCCGCCAACCCGGAGUCCACCAAGAAGGGCCUCCCAAGCCCGCACGACAACCUCGGCGAGCUCGUCGCCAUGUUUUCAAGGCUCAACCUCGACGCGCGUGACAUGACCGCGCUCUCCGGUGCCAACACCGUCGGGAUGGCCGACUGCAUGCACUACAGCGACCGCGUCUACGGCGCCGACCGCGAUGAGGAGAUCGACCCAUACUUUGCACAGACCAUGCAGCAGUCGUGCCAGGGUCCUUCUGGUAAGGCGCCGUUUGACAUGCAGACUCCAAUGAGGUUCGACAACGCUUACUACCGCAACCUUAUCGCGCGGCGCGGUCUCCUCACCUCCUACCAGACUCUCUACGGUGGUGGAGGUCCGCAGGACAAUCUCGUGGAGAUGUACAGCGCCGACGGUGAGGCGUUCGCGAGGGACUUUGCCAAGACCAUGGUGAAGAUGGGAAACGUACCUCCGCCCAUGGGAAUGCCCGUGGAGGUGAGGCUCAAGUGCUCCACGGCCAACUAUUGAUUGCUUGAUCCGAAGUGCAUCAUUCAACCGGGCAUGUUUAUAUUGGAUUCAAUUAUUAAAUGUACAAAUUGUAACAGUACUCGUGUUUAAUUUUUUGCCCAUAUAAUGUCGUCUCAACAGACUGUUUGACACAAAUGUUUCCUUACAUGUGUGUGUGUAAUAAAUGGUGU